AUGGCGUAUAGGUCCAAACAGAUUUUUACUCGCAACCAUCAAGUUGAAUUAUCAAAAUGGAAUCUUGAUAACCGAGUUUUGCUAAGGAUUAAUGAAACUGGAUUUGAAAAUAUUCAUCAUAUGCAUAAUAUGAUGAGGACGGAUUUAAACUUGUUUUUGGCAUUAAUACAUUGUUAUUCUUUGGAAGAACAUUGUUUUAUUAUCGGACAUAGGCGUAUAGUGCCUACAUUGGAGGACGUUUUAAGAAUCAUGGGUCUUCCCAUUGAUGGAAAAGCUGUCACUGGGAAGGAUUUUGAAAGAACAGAAACAGAAGAAUUGUGUUACGAGUUAUUAGGCGAUACACGCUAUAUUUCAGGCCGUAGCGGCACUGAAAUAUCAUUGAAGGGGUUAAGAGAAAAUUUACAGUAUAUCCCUAGGGAUUCGGAGGAUAUUGAUAUAUAUGUGCGCGCCUAUGUGUUGCACGGAAUAGGAUGUCUUAUAUGUCCAUCGAUGAAUCCUUCCGGUGUUUCAUCCAUGUUUCUCGGCCUUUUGAGAAACAUUGAUGAAUUAAAAAACUUUGCUUGGGGAGCCGCUUUCUUGGCUCAAUCAAUGAAUCAAGUUCGUCAUUUGAAGACGAACAUUGAUUCGGCUACGACUACGGGAGCUUGUAUUCCCUUUUUUAUGGUGUUUUUGUUUGAACACGUAAAUGGGCUAACAAAUGCCUCAAUGCGUUUAAACCAAAUUCAUUUUGAGCUGCCAAUUGAAUUUCCUCUGCUUGUAUCUUGGUCAUUUCUUUUGGUUAAUAAGAGUAAGAACAAUCACGGAAAGCUGAGCGUUGAAACAUUUCUUCAUUUUCUUGAAAGGAGUGAGAUUUUACCAAGACCAUAUAAUCGCUUGGAUUUUGCGUUUCUACCUCCAUAUCUUAGAUCUCAUCUUCACGUUGCAUACACACAUACUGUGUUGAUAUGUUUUGAACAACUAACACAUCAUAAGCCACACAUAUUCCCCGAGAAGAUGGGACUGGAGCAAAGAGAUAUUGGCGAGAUUCAUUCUCUCCCAAAACCAAGUUCAAAGCAGCGCAAAGCGGCUGAAAAACCUGAUUGGGCUUUAAAGUUUAAUAAACAUGUCGCAUUUUGGAAUAAUAGGACAAAUCAUUUCAUAUGCAGUUACGACAAGCUAAUUGAGUUGGGAGUUGUGGGAGAGAACGAAGAUGAAGAAGCUGGAAAUGAAGAUGAUGAUGAAGAAGCUGAGAAUGAAGAUGAUGAUGGAGACGAUGAGGAAGGAGUGGAUGAAGAUGAUCAAGCGGGGGAUGAAGAUGAUGAUGGGCUUAGGAGGAGAAAUCUAUCUAUGCCCUGGAAGAAGAGAAUAAUUGAAAUUGAUACAAACAAGACGAAAGCUCCCAAUGCUUAG